AUGGCUGCAACAGGACCGGACGAGCAAACUCUCCUGUUGGGGACCGCUCCAUGCUCGCACGUCGAGGGAGCGUCUGCGAAGGACGAGGCUGCGGUUGAGCCAGAGAGACCAACAAGCUCGGAUAACUACGACAACAAUCUCAUUCGAUAUCGCGAAGCGGUUGGCAUUGCAGGCACUUACGGAGAGAAUGCCGACCUCGAGACAGCCCGUCAGGGAGCGACUGGACUCUACAAGGAAAUCAUCGAGUCCCAGCGGUCGCGCACGAUGCAGUAUCGAAUCGUCAACUUUCUCUACUACUUUGCUCUCGCUCUGCAAGUGAUUAUGGGUGCUCUACUCUCUUCCCUGGGAGGUCAAGCAGAACUUCACAAAACUGCAAUCACGGUCUUCGGUGUGUUGAACGCAAGUUUGGCUGGGAUACUCGCAUUAUUGAAAGGCCAAGGCUUGCCAGAUCGGUUCCGGAAGGAUGAAUACAAUUUGCGACUUGUGCAGGAUUUCAUCGAGGAAACAGAUAUGAGGUUGGCCAUUCGUGGAAAUGAUAUUACGAGGGCGGAACUUCAACAGCUGGUCGAGCAGGUUUUCGAAAAGUACCAUAUGGCAAGGGAUCAGGCUGCAGCGCUCAAACCAAAUAGCUUUCCUCCGAAACGCAUUGGGGUACCUCAAGUCGAUGGCGCAUACAGUCGGAAAUCGAGCGACAAGGGCAAAGAUGUGUCGGGUAGGAGGAGAUUCGGGUUUGAAAGAAGACUGCUUAUCUGA